AUGUCCAGUCUGACGUCGUUCCUCCAUCAGAAAGGCGUGAACAUAAACGCUUUAUUCAACAACGCUCCUCCUCCUCCUCCUGACGAUCAAAACGAUAUCGAAUCCUCAGAACUCGUGAAAACCAUCCACGCGCGUUCCAAACGGUUCGUUGCCCAAAUGUCCCCGCACAUAGACGCCAUCGAAACGAACGUGAGAGAGAUGACAUCAAAAGCGAGAGGCGUGCGCAUGACAAAUGCGCUCGAGUUACACGCCUUGAUUGAUUCUUGUUCUUUUUCUGAGCGUUCUUCGUCUCAAACGAGCGAGGAAAUGGAAGAGAAAGACGAGAGGGAUGUGCAUGCAAAGGAGGUGGAAGCGUUGAGAGGCGAGAUCGAGCGCAUGGUGGAAUCGAAAGAAAUAGAAGGAAAGAAGGAGGAAGAAAGGAAAGAGAAAGAGAGGAAAGAGAGGCGGGAGAGAGAGUUACGAGAGGCGAUGAUGUUUAGGAAAGAAUAA